UAACCUUAAAGUUCUGAUCCCUGGAAACGUGAGGCCCAACUUCCGGUGACGCCUCCGGGAGCGGGUCACGUUGUGAGGCCGUGUCUUGUGACGCCAGCGAGGGGCGGGUUCUCAGCGGAGUCGGUGUUUGGAGCGGGGACAGAGCUCGAGUGUUGUUUUGAAUCCACUAGAAUACAUCCACUGGAGGGGGGGGCAGGCUUGUGGAUAAGAUGGCGGAUGUGGAAGGCGAUGAAACUCGGUCCGCUCCACCUUCAGCAUCCCGCAACGGUCCCGCCGUCGGCUCGUCGGUGGGCAGCCCGGGUCAGAACGCCGUGAUGGUGUCGUCGGGUCCGCGGAUAGUGAGGAUCGUCAAGUCGGAGUCCGGCUACGGGUUCAAUGUUCGCGGUCAAGUGAGCGAAGGAGGGCAGCUGCGGAGCAUCAACGGCGAGCUGUACGCUCCUCUCCAGCAUGUCAGCGCCGUUCUGCCCGGGGGCGCGGCGGACCGGGCCGGGAUCGUGAAGGGGGACCGCAUCCUGGAGGUCAAUGGGGUGAGCGUGGAAGGUGCCACCCAUAAGCAGGUGGUGGACCUGAUUCGUGCGGGGGAAAAGGAGCUGGUCCUGACCGUGCUAUCGGUUCCACCUCAAGAGGUUGACGGGUUGGAAGGAGGCGAGGAUAUCCAGCCCAACUACGACUACAGCGACAAACAGGCUGUGCCCAUUUCCAUUCCCACGUACAAACAUGUAGAGCAGCACUCCGAGAGGUUUGUGGUAUAUAAUGUGUACAUGUCAGGUAGACAGCUGUGCUCAAAGCGCUAUCGGGAGUUUGCCAUCCUCAACCAGAACCUUAAGAGGGAGUUCUCCAACUUCAACUUCCCAAAGCUUCCUGGGAAAUGGCCCUUCUCCAUGUCUGAACAGCAGCUGGACGCUCGCCGCAGAGGCUUGGAGGAAUAUCUGGAGCGUGUUUGCUCUGUACGCGUGAUCGGGGAGAGUGACAUCAUGCAGGAGUUUCUCUCUGAAUCAGAUGAGAACUACAAUGGAGUGACAGACGUAGAGCUGCGGAUAGCGCUGCCAGACAAAACCACCAUCUCUGUCAGAGUCCGUAAGAACAGCACCACAGACCAGGUGUACCAGGCGUUAGUAAUGAAGGUUGGAAUGGACAGUAUAAUGGCCAGCUACUUCGCUCUAUUUGAAGUCAUCAAUCACUCCUUUGUACGUAAGCUGGCGCCUAACGAGUUUCCCCACAAGCUUUAUGUGCAAAACUAUACGUCGGCGGUGCCAGGCACGUGUUUGGCGCUCCGCAAGUGGCUGUUCAGCUUUCAGGAGGAAGAGUUGCUCAGAGAAAACCCACUGGCACUUCACUAUUGCUUUCACCAGGCACUGGAUGAUGUGAAGAAGGGAUUCAUAAAAACGGAGGACAAAUCCUACCAGCUGCAGAAACUGGCAGAGCAGCGCAAGAUGGCCACGUACCUGAGCCUGUUGCGAACAUGUGAGGGCUACAACGAGGUGGCCUUCCCACACUGCUCCUGCGAUUCCAGGAGGAAGGGCCACGUCAUAACCGCCAUCAGCAUCCACCACUUCAAGCUGCAUGCUUGCACUGAGGACGGCACGUUGGAGAACCAGGUGAUAGCUUUUGAGUGGGCAGAGAUGCAGCGCUGGGAUACUGACGAAGAGGGAAUGGCUUUCUGCUUCGAGUACGCCAGAGGAGAGAAGAAACCUCGAUGGGUCAAGAUAUUCACUCCAUACUUUAACUACAUGCAUGAGUGCUUCGAGCGGGUCUUUUGUGAGCUGAAGUGGAGGAAACAGGUUGAAGAAGAAGCAUCUGACAAAGACAAUAAGAACUGCAGUAACAACGAGUUCCUGCCGCCUCUGGAGACACAGCAGAAGGGAUGGCGCCACCUAGGGGGCGAGAUCGCAACCUCAUAAAAAGCAUUGUUGCUCGAACUAGAACUGGUUCACUCUGCAUCAUCACAGCCACCCCAGAGAGCGCCCAUCACUCAACACAGAACCGAGCGACAGACUGAGGCGACGCGAGCCCCGACUACAACAUGGACGUGAUAAAUUUGAGAAAUUGGGAUAGUUACAUUCUACUAAACCCAGGGAUACAGAAGAGCAACGACUGAAAACAAACCAAGCUCAACCUUGUCAUUUACUAGAUCUCCAUAACAUGUGUUGUUUUCCUCCAUGCGUCUGGCCCGGGAUGUGCCGGGACACAAGCUACAUUUCCAGAGGUGCCACGUGUGAGAUCAGGGUGGACACAUCCCUGCAACGCGACCUGUGCAAAGGGAGCGCCUCGACGAAAUGCCACGCCACAAAGGAGCGAACUUCCGGGAUGGGAUCGUAACGAGCGGCUCGGCCCGAGGUGAAGAAUGGCAACAAUGAAAAAUGAGCGAGACAAAGUAAAUGUCAACGUAAAUGAGAAGGAAAUCUGAAUCUUUACACUGAUGGUGGACACAGAAAAGUUAUGAAGUCUGACAGGAAGAGUGACACAAAUGUAACUAACUGAAAACUGAUGAGAGGACAAUAAUAAUUGUGUGUGUUUAAUUAUCUUCUGAUAAAACUUAAAUUAAUAUAAGACCUUUAAUAAUUGGUUUGUUAUUCUAACACAAUGAAACACUAACUGAAGUGCAUUCAAGCUAAAUAAUUUCAAUUGUGUUGUGGUCUAACCUGCUCUGUUGGCAGACAGGCCAUUAAUGUCACUUGGGUGUUAUUUUAUUUUGUUAUUUUUAUUAUUGGGUUUAUUCCCCUCAGACGUGUUUUGUUGUGGUGAUUUUUGCAGCGUACAGACGUUAAACUGAAAAAGGCUCGGCCGUUCUCAGCUCUGUGCAGAGAUGACGUGUUGAACGAGGCCGUGGUUAUUUCAAAGUGUCUUACGUUAAACACGGGGAAUGUGACCAGGAUGUGAUUACACGGCUGCAGGUUUCCAGACAGGCAGCAGGGGGCAGCAGAGUGCAGGACAGGUUUAGGUGCAGCUUGUGAGCAAAUAGACAUCUACUCAGAGCUUCUCAGAGUGAUCCCUUGGGCUGCUUAACUCACCCAAAAGUAUCACUCUCCUACAGCCUGUCUAUUAACCACGUAAGGAGGACAGAUGGUGCGUGCGUGUGUGUGUGUCUGCAUCCAAGGCAAACAUAGCAAUGCAGGCAGCUGUCUGCGUCUCACUGCACCUGGAUACAGUAUUCGUUGUGUGAAACAUGAUUUUGUGAUGAUUUACAAUUUUCAUUUCUAUCCACAUUUCAGUUUGAGUGAAAGGUGAAAUGGUCUUUGUCCUUUUCUCUGUGGAUUAUCAUCUUAAAUUUUAAAGUGACUUAGACGGAAUUUUAAAUGAUUAUUUAAGGAAGAAAAUCAAACUUCUCAAUGGGUACAGUGCAUAAAUGUUGUCAUUUCCACUUAAUGCAAUAGGGUCGGCUUCAUCCCUCUAAGGGCUUGUACUUUAUCUCAGAAGGUUCAUUACUGACCUUGUCCUUCACUCGCUUUCUAGCAGCAAGAAAUGAAAAGUGAGUUUUGUCUUUGCGUAUGUUGAGUGUAUUUCGUGCCCAGGUUUAAGUACUGUAUGUCUUGCUCUCAUUCUGUUGAAGCGUGUGCAUGUGUGAGGCUGUCCUAUGUUUAUCAUUGACAUUGCUGAUAAGCGUUCGGGCUCUGAUUGGAUGGUUCUGAUGAGCUGUCGGUUUGAGAUCCAGAAAAUGAAGACGGGGUUUUGUAUCCGCGACAGCGGAGAUGCCAAACAGAGACAAAUGAGAGGUGUCCCCCAUUGUGUAGCAAACAUCCCAUUCCACCCCCUUCGUCCUCAGCAUCACACACACACACACACACACACGAUACAAAUGCUGUCGUUUUGAUGGAGGAAAAAAAAACGCUUAGUGCAACAUCAGAAGGUAGUUUGUUGUUCCAGUUGUGGCCCAUGAGGACCGGCUCUGCCUACUCAACAGCCCAUAGCAAUACAUCCCACACUGUAGCAGCAUGCUGUGUGUUUUUUGCACACACAUCUGAGAUGGCAGGAUAGAGAGAGAAUCUGCAAUGUGAACAUUACUGGAUGGUCAUUUUGACAGGCAAAGUAAUAGCCAAUUUAGAGAUGGAUGACAUAGGAAUUGGAGCUGUUCAUCCAUGAUGCCUGGUAGAGAGAGAGAGAGGCAGAUGGAGUGUGUGUGCGUGUGUGUGUGUGUGUGUUACCUUGUCUGUCCUCUGCUCUUACUCUCGCCAGGUUGGUCUCCCGUCAUCAUAGGUGGAUGCGGUUGCCGUGGCAGCGCCACGUUGGCUCAACUCUCUCGAUAGAGCCUCUGUUGCUUUUAUUCCUGUCAGUUAACUGACUCACUCCCCAAUAAUGUAUUCAAAGCAGUGUUUUUACUGUUUGAUGUUGGUUCUACGUCUCUGUGGCUUGUGCUGCUGCUGUGAAUAGGCUUUAGACAGCUUUUUUCUUUUUUUUUUUUUUUGGUCUUGUCUUUGCCUGGUGCCAUCGUACUCAUCAUGUCAGUCACAGGCAAGUGUGCGUGCCGCCGGUUGUCCCUUUUGGGCGCCGGUGACAUAAAUGUCAGAGACGGGGUUUAAGCGAAAGCGGGAGGAUGACAGGAAUGUUAAGAAGCAUGUCUUUGUGUGGUCGGCCUGUGUUUGCGUUGUGUUUUUCUUCGUCAGUGUACACUGUGCUGUGUCUGAGAUGCUGGACAGUCCGGGCUUGUAGGUAAAUGACUUAUUUACAUAAGCACGAUUGAAUUUCACACAGGACCUUAGUGAUAACGGAGUAAUGCUGGAUUGUGCAACAAACAUAGUGGGAGUUUAUAAAAACUUAAACAUUUCUGCGUGUCAGGGCUGCACAUGCGCCUCUAACUGCGUGUUCCUCCCAAACACUGCUGUUCUGAUCAUGUAAUUGAUGCAGUUACUAUAGUAACACAUCAGUUUUCUGAAGCUUGGGCACCAAAUUGGCAUCAAUUGUCAUAGCAUUCGGUGCUUAAUGUUGCUUCAGAUCUUGGCUGUGAGAAUCUGAGCGCAGUGCGGUUCACAGCGUUUGAAGUGGUUCUGAUGAGGCUGCUCCAUCAGCCUCUUCCUGGUGACAGUCUAGUCAGAGCUGCUGCGUUAGUCUCACCAUCUGCAGCUCCGUAGACUUGACGUUCAUCAACCCCUGGAAUGCAAAUCAGCUGCUGGCGUCUUCGUGUAAACUGAAAAAUCCGACCUAUGAACUGAAGGGUGGAUGUAAGUGCUGGUUAUAAAGUGUUAGCCUUUGUGUAAUUAAGUUCUGUUCAUUUUAAAACACAGGGCUUUUUCAUAGCAAGUAGGCAACAACAUUAAUUGAGAACCUUGUUUGUCUGUCUUCGACAUAAUCUGUAAAUAGGUAUUUUAAAAAAGAGCAUCCUUUGGACAAAACGCACACCUUUUUCUCCAAAUCAAAACCUUUAUUUAUUUAAGCAGAAAUGAUAAAAAAUUAAGUAAUGUCAGCGCACAACAGCAGCCGCUGGCAGCAUUAGUUUUAUGGGCGGCGACGUACGGAGGUUACGAUAACCACACAAUGAAACAAAACAGCUGGUGUCACAUUUACUAAGUGUCUAAAGACAUGGAAUAACACCUGCAGAACUAGGCAAAGUGGAGUUUUAUAUCUUAAAAAGAAGAAAAACCUUUACUAACCAAUAUAAGACAAAUGAACAAAGCUUUGAAAAUGUUGUGUAGAGUAAUAAAUUGUAACAAUAUUUUAAAUAAAGUUAUAUAUUGGGAAAAUGCG